AAAUUGUAUUCAAGUGUAGCAAGUGUAGAACGACGCUUCAUUUCGGCGGUUCGCUUCAGACUUGAGAGGUUUUUAUCCAACAACCUUCAAGUUCUUAAAAUCCAUGGAUAUGGAAAUCGAUACCUCCAAAGAUGUUCGUCUAAUCAAAGACGAAGAUCUUUUCAAAGCCGCAGAGACCGGCGAUUCUUCCGCUUUCACUGCCCUCGAACCACAGCAGCUAUCUCAAUCUCUCUCCCUAAGAAAUGAGGAUGACCGCUCUCUUCUCCAUGUUGCCGUCUCUUCAGGCCACGCCGAUGUGGUAAAGAUACUGGCUACUGCUGAUCAGUCUAGAAAGUUAAUUAACUGUGCCGAUGAGGAAGGUUGGGCACCGAUUCAUUCUGCUGCUAGCAUUGGGAGGUCUGAUAUUUUAGAUAUCUUGUUGAGCGGAGGAGCCAAUGUAAAUGUGAAAAAUGAUGGUGGUCGCACUGCUCUUCAUUACGCUUCGAGUAAAGGAUGGUUGAAGAUUGCUGAAACUCUUAUCUCACAUGGUGCCAAAAUUAAUACAAAAGACAAGGUUGGUUGCACACCAUUGCAUCGAGCAGCUAGCAUUGGGAACUCAGAAUUAUGUGAGCUUCUGAUUGAGGAAGGAGCAGAAGUUGAUGCUACUGAUAAAGCUGGCCAAACACCUCUUAUGAACGCAGUAAUUUGCCAAAACAAAGAGGUUUCUCUUCUUCUAAUAAGACAUGGAGCUGACGUGGAUGUGGAAGACAAGGAAGGUUUCACUGUUCUUGGUAGAGCUUCAAAUGAAUUUAGGCCUGCACUGAUUGAUGCUGCCAAAACAAUGCUUGAAGAAUGAUCUUUAAAGCUCCCAAAGAUCAAGAGCAUGGUUCACACCGUUCAGGAUGAUAGAAAAGUGUCUACUUAUUCGAUAUGGAGGUGAUUGGGAUGAGAAUGAAACUUCGUAUAUUGGAGGUGAGCUGACAGGAAUCAUUAUUUCUGUUACAUUGAAGUAUGAAGAACUUAAAUAUCACAUUUAGAGGGUUGCAAAUGUCAGUUAUUCAGAGUUUGAUAUUAUGAUGAGAGUUAAAUAUAAGCUUGAAUACGAAGUCCUUUCACAAUACAUAAGGAACAAUGAUGAUGUUCGUUUCCUUCUUUUCCGAUAAGAGUUAAGUAGGCUUCAGUUAUUUGUAAUGCUAAAAUUGAAUAAUGAUGAAAAUAUUAGAAUGUAGUUCGAAAAUGUGAGUUAUGAUGAUACGAAUGUGGACAGACAAUACGAGAAAUUAUAUGAGUUUCGUUGGGAAGAGGAUGAUAUUUCAUUGUCUACCAACAUUGUACCA